AUGCCGCCGCCGGCGGUUCGGCCUCACGGAGAGCGGCCGCCUGACGCGGGGGCGACGGCGGCGCGGCGCGCGGAGCGACAUCGAGCGCCGCCCGCUGGAGAUCGCUUCGAGGGGCGGCGGCGUGGGCCGGGCGGCGAGCGCCGCGGGCAGGGCGUGGGCCCUCCGGCCAGUUCAUCUGCCCGGACGCUGAAGGGCGUGAUCAGGAGGACGCGCUGCUGCGGCAGCGCCUCGUCCGCACCGGCCCGCGGCGCGGGUCGGCUCGUUCCCCGCCAACGCCGUCGAACGGCGUGCCUCGUGCCGCGCGGCCGGAGGUUUGGCCUCACGGCGAUUGGCGGGCCACGUCGGCUGCAUUUGGCCGCGCGGGGCGACGGGGAGCGCGUCGAUGGCCGCGGCGGCGCGGUGUGCAGAGCGACGGCGAGCGCCGCCGCUGAGGCUUGCUUCGAGGAGGCAGCGGCAUGGACCGACCGGCGAGCGCGGCGUACGGGGCGUGCCCCUCCUCUCCGUACCCAAGGUGACGGGGGCACUGCAACCCCACAGUCGCCCUCGGCAACCGUGGUGGCGGUGGCGGCUACUCGGACGCUCAAGAGGAUGUGGAGGGGGCGCUGCUGCGCCAGCUCCUGGGCCGCGCCGGCUCGUUCGACGUCGAAGCUUCCCCUGACACUGGAGGAUGUGAUAUCCAAAAACAAGAAAUCCAGGAGGCAGUCGAGCUACCAUUGACACACCAUGAGAUGUACUGCUCUAUGGUCCUUCAGGCACUGGCAAGACCAUGCUUGCUAACACACUACUGCUGCUUUUAUCUGAGUAAUUGGUUCAGAGUUUGUGCAGAUGUACUUGAGUGAGGCAAGACGCGGAUAGUUGUAACAUGCAUUUGUUAACCUUGUUUAUGCAUUCAGUAUUUCCGUUGUC